CUGUCGCUGGAGGGUCAGCCAUGGACUGGAAAGAGGUCCUUCGCCGGCGGUUAGCGACGCCCAAUACAGAUCCAAACAGGCAGCUGAAAUUGUAUGGAGCAAAACAGGACUAUGGAAAAAAAAGUGAACAAGAAUUAAAAGAUGAAGAAAUGGAUUUAUUUACCAAAUACUACUCAGAAUGGAAAGGAGGUAGAAAAAACAUAAAUGAAUUCUAUAAGAUGAUUCCCCGGUUUUAUUAUAGGUUGCCAGCUGAAGAUGAAGUCUUACUGCAGAAAUUAAGAGAGGAAUCCAGAGCUGUCUUUUUACAAAGGAAAAGCAGAGAACUCUUAGAUAAUGAAGAAUUACAGAACUUAUGGUUUUUGCUGGACAAACACCAGACACCACCUAUGAUUGGAGAGGAAGCAAUGAUCAAUUAUGAAAAUUUUCUGAAAGUUGGUGAAAAGGCUGGACCAAAGUGCAAGCAAUUUUUCACUGCAAAAGUCUUUGCUAAACUCCUUCAUACAGACUCCUAUGGAAGAAUUUCCAUCAUGCAGUUCUUUAACUAUGUCAUGCGAAAAGUUUGGCUUCAUCAAACCAGAAUAGGACUUAGUUUAUAUGAUGUUGCUGGACAAGGAUACCUUCGGGAAUCUGAUUUGGAAAACUACAUAUUGGAACUUAUCCCUACUUUGCCACAAUUAGAUGGGCUGGAAAAAUCUUUUUACUCCUUUUAUGUUUGUACAGCAGUUAGGAAGUUCUUCUUCUUUUUGGACCCUCUAAGAACAGGGAAGAUAAAAAUUCAAGAUAUUUUAGCAUGCAGUUUCCUGGAUGAUUUACUGGAGCUAAGAGAUGAAGAAUUGUCCAAGGAGAGUCAAGAAACAAAUUGGUUUUCUGCUCCUUCUGCCUUAAGAGUUUAUGGCCAGUACUUGAAUCUUGAUAAAGAUCACAAUGGCAUGCUCAGUAAAGAAGAGCUUUCCCGCUACGGAACAGCAACUAUGACCAAUGUCUUCUUAGACCGUGUUUUCCAAGAGUGUCUCACUUACGAUGGAGAAAUGGACUAUAAGACCUACUUGGACUUUGUUCUUGCACUAGAAAACAGAAAGGAACCUGCAGCUUUGCAGUAUAUCUUCAAACUGCUUGAUAUUGAGAACAAGGGGUAUCUGAAUGUCUUUUCCCUUAAUUAUUUCUUUAGGGCAAUACAGGAACUAAUGAAAAUCCAUGGACAAGAUCCUGUUUCAUUUCAAGAUGUUAAGGAUGAAAUCUUUGACAUGGUAAAGCCAAAGGAUCCUUUGAAAAUUUCUCUCCAGGAUUUAAUCAACAGUAAUCAAGGAGACACAGUCACUACCAUUCUAAUUGAUCUGAAUGGCUUCUGGACUUAUGAGAACAGAGAAGCCCUUGUUGCAAAUGACAGUGAGAACUCUGCCGACCUUGAUGAUACAUGAUCUCUGAAAGACUAGACUGUCUUCAUUAAGAUGCUUGAAUGCUGCAUAUGAAAACUUUGAAGCAGAAUCCUUAGAAAUGGUCUAAAUAAAACACUUCAUAUGCCUGUACAACACAAAAUGUUGUGAUUAUUGCCAUUUUGAGUGCAGCAGUUUGAGAGUAGUAAGACCAAAUACUGCUUUG